UUGUGGGACAAGGGUCUGCUUUAUUACAUUUUGUCUCUGAUCCACUGUACCAAACCAGGGAUAAUCUGCUGUUUAUAAUGAUCUUUAGAAAUUCUGUGACUCAACAACAGCAGGAUUUAAGGUAGAGGAGUGUUUAGGUGAUACUCAUUUUGAUCCCAUGCAUUCUGUCCGCUUGGAAGCAGGAGCUGUGGCGAGAUGUAAGGAAUUAAACAUGCAGGACUGGAAUCUGAAAGGUGUCAAGUAUCCUGGGAAUAAGCGCCCUCGAUUCCCAGCAGUUGCAAGUUGUACAGUAAUGUGAGUUAAUGGAUUAUGAGCAGAGAGUGGUGGGAUUCAGCUGUUAGUCGGAACUUCUACACAUACUUUGUGUAGGAAGGGUUGUGCUUGAGAAAAAGGAGAUCUGUACGGCUAGAGGAGGAAAUUCAAGGAGAGGAUCCUUGAUUUUUUUUUUUCUUAGUUUGUGUUGUGUUUCUGUGGAUGGAGCAGACUUUACCUGAAUUGGUGAGGAAGAUGAAGCAUGGAACAACCUUAUUUCUUCCCAUUUUGAGGUUAUUUGCAGCCUAGAGGCACUUGGAGAGAAAAUAAGGCACUACUGCACUUCCUACCCUUGUGCGCACACCUACCUUGAUGAUGCAGCCUUCCCUGGAUAUCAAACCCUUUAUGUCCUUCCCUGUGGACAGCAGCUCUGCUGUUGGAUUCUUCCCAAAUUUUAACACAAUGGAUCCUGUGCAAAAAGCAGUCAUAAACCAUACAUUUGGAGUGUCCAUUCCCCCAAAGAAGAAACAAGUCAUUUCCUGUAAUGUCUGCCAGCUUCGCUUUAACUCUGAUAGCCAGGCUGAGGCCCACUACAAAGGAAGUAAACAUGCCAAGAAGGUCAAAGCACUAGAGGCAACGAAAAACAAAGCCAAAGUUGGUUCUUCCAAGGACAGCGCAAAGGCUAACACAAGCUGCUCCACCACGCCCGUCACAGCCAACAUCUCUGACAAAUCAGAAGAUAAAGGGAAAGCAAAACCCAAUAGUGCAAGUCAGCAGUCCAGUACAGAAGCAGGUCUUUUUCUUCCCAAACCUGGGGUGGCAGCCGUGGCACCUGUAACACCUGCCUCAUCCUCCAAGAGCACGAAUGGAGCUCCAAACACAGUUUCUGAGUCAGAAGAGGAAAAAGCCAAAAAACUGCUUUACUGUUCAUUAUGCAAAGUGGCUGUGAAUUCCCUGUCACAACUAGAAGCCCACAAUACAGGCUCCAAGCACAAGACCAUGGUCGAGGCUCGAAACGGUGCUGGUCCCAUCAAGUCCUACCCUAGACCUGGAUCCCGGCUGAAGGUGCAGAACGGCAGUAAAGGCUCAGGACUGCAAAACAAGACAUUUCAUUGUGAAAUCUGUGAUGUCCAUGUUAAUUCAGAAAUUCAACUUAAACAGCACAUUUCCAGCCGAAGGCAUAAGGACAGAGUUGCAGGAAAGCCUAUGAAGCCUAAAUAUAGUCCUUACAACAAAUUGCAGCGCAGCCCAAGUAUUUUAGCAGCAAAACUCGCAUUCCAGAAGGACAUGAUUAAGCCGCUGGCACCUGCUUUCCUUUCAUCUCCUCUGGCUGCAGCUGCAGCGGUGUCGUCGGCCCUGUCCCUCCCUCCCCGCCCCACAGCCUCCUUGUUCCAGGCGCCCGCCAUCCCCCCAGCUCUCCUCAGGCCAGGCCACGGUCCCAUCCGGGCAACACCCGCCUCCAUACUUUUUGCACCAUACUAAUUUAUUGAUGUAAAAAAGAGAUAACUAUGGCCAGUAGAAAGGGCAAAAGAAAAGCAGGAAAGGGGUUGAGAUUUGUAAACGUCUUUCUCUUUUGAAACGUCAUCCAGCAUGACACCUCAACCAACCACGCCGUAAAAUUCAUCAUUAUUGGUACUGCAUUUUGGAGUCUAGACAGCUUUCUUUCUCAGUCUCUCUCUGUAUUUCUUUUUUAAUCCAAAUGCAGAGUGAUUUAUUAAAAACUUAAUUGCUCAUAAAAUUUAUACCAUUAAAUAUUCAUGCAGCUGUUAUUUUUUUUCUUUCUUCAAUGUAUAUGAUGCACCUUGGAAUCAAGAAACGUAAAAUAUUUUCCUGACAGACUUGAAAACUAGGGUCUUCCUCACUCACACUUAUGUAAAUACUUCUCUGAAAACCAAUGGAGUAUAAUCUAAUGUGAGAAAGAAGGUAGAUGAACCAAAUGUUUGAUUAUGGAUAACAUCUCAAAAAUGAAUUGCGUCCUCUUUUUUUUCAGUGUGCUCUUGUUGACAGGGAUUGUGUGCUGUCCUAGGCCCCAGUACUGGUGUAUUUUGUGUAGUACUAAAGAUGUACCACAUGUCUGAUUUUAAUAUUUUUAGUUUAUGUGCAAAUGUUUGAAAGCAAUGCAGCGCUGAAGCUUUUAAUUAUUUCUUUUGUGUCACACUUUAUUUAGAGAACUUAAAAAUAGAAAGCCAUAUAACAUAUAGUUAAGAUUACUACUUGUUUGCUACUUUCAUUUAACUUAUUUUUGUUGUUUCUUCACUGGUGUUGCUAAACAAUGCUUAAAGAGAAAAAAAGCUUUUCAAUUGCACAUUACCACAGCUCUCAUGCAUUGUUCAGACGACAAUGGAUCCAUGUAUUUGUACGUAAAUAUCCUUUUUUUCUUCAUUUCUAACUAGUUUCCUUUGUAAUGAUGCUGCAUAACGUUGUGGCUCCCUAAUGCAAUAAUGUACAGAAUAUAAAAUAUUUAUAAAUGACCAUAUUCUCUGUUUACUAAAUAUAUUGCAGUAAUGCUCCACCUGUCUUCUUACCUCCCCAGCCCUUUUAUAAAGGUGAUAUCAAUAUACAGUACUCAGACUGAAGUAAUUAUGUGAUAAUGGGGACAAAAGAAGAAAGGGAAAAAAAAUAGAACUAACUUUUAGAGCAUCUUUAUCUGCAAUCCAUAAUAGCAAAUGUCUGUGUAUUUUUUUAAAUGUACCUUUUCAAUAAAAUAAUAAGAAAAAAUA